UUCUCUGUUAAACCUCGGAAGUUUUAUUCCCGCUAAUCUUCGCCACUAUGUCAGAGGCCACUUGAAAAACCCGGAAGAAGCGGUCUCCAUGGAAACCCCGAGGAACAAACUUUUCUUCAUUUGAUGUCAGAAACAUGACUGGAGAUGGCGACUAUAGUAAGUACGAUUUGGCACGACUGCAGGCGGAACUCGAGCAGGAGGGAGAAAUGAAAGAAAUGCUUGAGGAGUCGGUGUCUGAUCUGCGGAGUACCAUGUGUGAACUGCAAGAAAGACUGCACAGCGUUGACGGGGAAGGAAAUGAGUGGAAAACGAGGUAUGAGACACAGGUAGAGCUAAAUGGACAGCUGGAAAGACAAAUGUCCCUCAUCCAUGAGAGACUGGAAGACCUAAGAGGAAAUCCCAUGGACCGAUUGGCCUCCAUACGAUCUUACGAUGAUAUGCCAGUCGAAGCACUGAGACAGCGCCUGAAGCUCCUGACUGAGGAGAAGUCCGACCUCCAGAGACAGCUGAUGGACUGCCAUCUCAGAAUCGAACAGGAAGGAAAGGCAUUUCAUAAGACCAAUGAUGAGAGGCGGGCGUACCUUUCCGAAAUUGCUAAGCUGUCUUCCACCCUCGAAAGCCAAAGAAGGCAGUACUUCACCCAGCCACAGAGGGCACCAGAGAGCAAACAGAGGAGAGGGAAACAGGCCAGCAGGAAGGUGGAGGCUGACUCUAAAAAAGGCAAAGAGAGAGAAGAAAAUGGAGGAGGAGGACGUGUGAAAGGAGGAGGAGGAGGAGGAGGAGGAGGAGGAGGAGGUGGGGGUGGAGCAACAGCAGAGAGAGAAGAAGAGAAGAAAUCUCAAAGAGGAAGCAGGUUACCCACCCUAAAGUACUACAUAAAACACAGCCACUAACUCAAACCUGCUGUUACAGCCUGUUUAUUUAGAAAAACAACAACAUGUAACUCUCUUCUGGGGAUCCUGGAGUGAUUACAGUAGAAAACUGUCUAUAUCAUAUGACUUCCUAUGGUUUUGAUCAGGCUGAAAACAUUGCAGCUCCUAUGUAGGUUAUCUCCCGAUGUGCCACAGUCAGUAUUUAUAAUUCAGCGUUUAUUUUACACUUGACAGAAAAUACAGUGUUACACUGAUGUUGUGGUUUAAAAUGUUACAUUUAUAAUGAAGUCCGGUGUUUAUUAAUUCAUUACUAUUUCAUUAUUGUAUUACGUUGUUUACGAAAUUUUUCUUUGUUUGACAGACAGGAAUAUUAUAGGCUGUGAGUGUUGUGAGGUCAUCUCGUAAUGUGCCAGAAGCCUGCUGAGUCUGACAUUUCUGGUGUCGUUGCGAUUUAUUUAUUUAUUUUUUUCACUGCGCCUCCCACGGCUUGCAUUACGUAAGCAGCACCACAUCAACCACACACUCCGUAUGUGGUUCAACCACAGAGCACCCAGUCACCUCCAUUCCACCCACUGACCGCCUUUCUGAAUGUAGGCGUAAGAAAACUGCAUCCAUAUGACAUGCAGUAAGUGAGCAGGAAAAUUGCCAGAAGCGGCUUCGUUUGUGUUUGUGAAGAUGUGUUUGCUUGUUGUCAGCCUGAAAGCAAUGCAUUGAAACAAUAUCUCACAACACAGGACCUGGUCUUAUAACAUGAAUUCAUUGAUCUGUAAGUAUGAUUAGGUCAUAUCGAUUAGCUCCUGGGAUAUGAUUCAAAAUUGGCUUUUGAAACAAAGCAACCACAGGCAAAGAACAAUUCAGAAACAAGACU